AUGGAGUGCAAUAAAGACGAGGCAAUCCGGGCAAAGAUAAUUGCUGAAAAGAAGUGGGCUGAUAAUGAUUUUGUUGGUGCAAAGAAAUUUACUCAAAAAGCCCAGACACUAUAUCCUGGGCUUGAUGGUAUAUCUCAAUUUCUGAUCAUGCUAGAUGUGUACAUCUCAUCAGAGAGUAAGGUGAAUGGGGAGUCGGAUUGGUACAAGGUACUGAAUGUAGAUCCCUCUGAUGAUGAUGAAACAAUUAGAAAACAGUACAAAAUGUUGGCGCUCAAGCUUCAUCCCGAUAAAAACAAGUCAGUUGGUGCAGAUGGUGCGUUUAAGAUAGUUUCAGAGGCCUGGAGUUUUUUAUCGGACAAGGAUAGACGAUCAGCUUAUAACCAGAGGAGAAACUCACAUACACCCCCCAAUGUCAAUGGAGAUCAUGACAAUUCUGCAAACAGAUCAACUUCAAACCCCGAGAAUUGUAAAAAGACCAAAAGUACUCAGACUAAGGCUCAUAAGAGGAACAAGUUUUGGACUAUUUGCUAUCGAUGCAAGCUGUAUCAUGUAUGUCGUAAGAAGUACCUUAAUCAUAGCAUUAUAUGUCCAAGUUGUUGUAAGCCUUUUCUUGCUGCAGAGAUAGCAGUGCCAACAAGUUUUAGUAAGCUAGCUGUGAUGGCCACAUACCCAUCUGGCCCUGGUUCGUAUGCACAGAUGCCACAUCCACUGUAUUACACACAGCCACCUGCUCAAGCUACUGGAUGGGCACCAUCAAGUUCUAGUUCAUAUGCACAGAUGGCACCGUCAAUGGGCUAUACCCAGUCCGUUGCUCAGAAUGCUGCCUGUGCACCAUCUGGUCCUGGUUCAUAUGUACAGAUGCCACUGCCAGUGUAUUACACAAAGCCACCUGCUCAAGCUACUGGAUGGGCACCGUCGAGUUCUAGUUCAUAUGCACAGAUGGCACCGCCUAUGGGAUAUACCCAACCCGUUGCUCAGAAUGCUGGAUGGGCACCACCAGGUCAGAUGACACCACCUCAGAAUACUGGAUGGCCACCAUCAGGUUCAUAUGCACAAAUACCAGUGCCUAUGAAUUUAACCCAACCAACUGCCCAGGCUACAGGAGUGCCACCAUCUGCUCAUAAUUCGUACUAUAAAACAAACAUCAAUCCUGGUUCCUAUACCCAAUUUGUUCAGAAGGCACAUGACGGGUUGAAAAGAGAUUGUGAAGACUUUCUUGCACAAUUCACCUCAAAAAGAAGAAAAGGUGAAGAUGGUGGUCAGUCUUCUAAUUAA